AUGUCUUCUAUGAGUUCUUCUCCUUCAAGAGAAAGGAAAUGUCAAUGUGGAGUUCCUUUUGAAAAGUUAAUUGCUUGGACUAAGGAAAACCCAGGUCGUAAAUUCAGAAGCUGCAAAUUCUAUGAUCCAGUGACUGAAUCAAGGGGCUGCAAAGCAUUUGAGUGGAUUGAUCAACCAGAUGGUACUCCUUGGCAAACAGAGGUGAUUAAUAAUUUGCUCUUGGAUAAGAAAUUGCUAAAGGGUGAAGUUACUGACUUGAAGAGAGAAGUUGAUAAUGUUUCUGGGCAGAGAAGAUGUUUGUUAAAUGAGAUUGACAACUUGAAGAUUAAAUGCAAGGCUCUUAGUUCUGAUAGGAAGAAGAUGAGCAAAGAGGUUCAAGGGAGGAAUGCAUCAUCAUUGAAUCUGUGUGUGGUGGCUGCUGUGCUUUGUUGUUUUGGUUUAGUGUUAGGUGUUUUUAUUAGGUAG